AUGGCAUCUGUGCCACUCUACUGCUUGUGUCGCCUUCCAUAUGAUGUGACACGCUUCAUGAUCGAGUGUGACAUUUGUCAAGACUGGUUCCAUGGGGGCUGUGUUGGAGUGCAGGAGGACAAAGCAGCUGAGAUUGACCUGUAUCACUGCCCCAACUGUCAGGUCACCCAUGGGCCAUCUGUCAUGCGCAAACGCCGUGGAGGCAAUAAGCAUACAGAUGCUGGUGCUGCUCCAGUAAGAGAUCCAAGUCGGCCUGUUAAGACAGGCAGCUCUCAGUUUGUUAGGGAGCUACGGAGCCGCACCUUCCCAGGUGCGGAUGAAGUCUUGCUAAAGCCGUCUGGGGCCCAGCUGACCGUUGAGUUCCUGGAAGAGCAUUCGUUCAGUGUUCCUGUCAUGGUGCUGAGGCGCGAUGGCCUAGGCAUGACCCUUCCUCCAGCGUCAUUCAAUGUCAGCGAUGUAGAGCACUACAUCGGUUCAGACAAACAGAUUGACGUGAUUGAUGUGUCUCGCCAAUGUGACCUGAAGAUGCGGUUGGGAGACUUUGUUGAAUACUACAACAGCCCCAACAGAGAGAAAGUGCUCAAUGUCAUCAGCCUGGAGUUCUCUGAGACCAGGCUCUCAAACCUGGUGGAGACUCCAAAGAUUGUGAGGAAACUAUCAUGGGUGGAAAACCUCUGGCCUGAAGAGUCUGUGUUUGAACGCCCUAAUGUGCAGAAGUACUGCCUAAUGGGAGUAAAGGACAGCUACACAGACUUCCACAUUGACUUUGGAGGCACUUCAGUGUGGUACCAUGUCCUGAGGGGCGAGAAAAUCUUCUACCUAAUUUCCCCCACUGCAGCCAACUUGGCCCUUUUUGAGCGGUGGAGUUCCUCAUCCAACCAGAAUGAGAUGUUCUUUGGAGACCAAGUUGAUAUGUGUUACAGGUGCUCUGUCAAACAAGGAAACACCUUGUUCAUUCCAACAGGAUGGAUUCAUGCUGUGCUGACUCCAGUGGACUGCGUGGCCUUCGGAGGAAACUUCUUGCAUAGUCUCAACAUUGAGAUGCAGCUACGGGCAUAUGAAAUAGAGAAGAGAUUGAGCACAGCAGACUUGUUCAGGUUUCCCAACUUUGAGACUGUGUGCUGGUAUGUUGGAAAGCACCUUCUUGAUACCUUCAGAGGUUUGAGAGAAAACCGCAGACAAUCUGCCACUUACCUGGUUCACGGAGCUAAGGCCUUGAACACCGCCUUCCGCACCUGGACCCGUAAAGAGGCUUUAGCAGAUCAUGAAGUGGAGAUUCCAGAAACCAUCAACACUCAGACGCUAGUGAAGGACCUGGCCAAGGAGAUUCGUCUGGUUGAGGACAUCUUCCAGCAAAACAUUGGCCGCACUGGACCUCAGUUUCCUGGUUCGCCACUCUCCAAAGCUCCUCUGACCACCUCUCAGAAUUCAGGACGCCCCCCUGGAAAAAAGAAAGGAUCCAAGCCCAAGGAAACGAUGGGGGGUCUCGGGCCCCCAGUAACCAAGAAGAAGGGUCAGAAGGGGCUACUUAAGGCAGAAGCAGGAGAAAUUGACCUCAUUGAGAUCCACACCAAACAUACACUCAAAAAAUGUCAACAACAAAAGUCCAAAAACAAGAACAAGCUGGAGUUGCCUUUAGAUGAGUUUAAAGGGAAGCUAAAUAAAAGCAAGCUGAAACUUGUGCUGACCAAUGGAAAACUCAAAGGUAAGAAGGACGGCAGCAGUAAUGGUGCAGGAAGGGCGGGAAAGUACAAACAUCUGGCCAUGGAGGGAUCCAGUCUGUCGGACUUGGAGUCCGAGGAUGAGCUGCAGAUUGACGAGACCCCUCCGCCACGACGCAAGCCUGCAGGACCGAGCAAGAAAAAGAAACUAAGUGGUCUCCCGAGGAAGCUGCCCAGAGCCAAACCCUGCUCUGACCCCAACCGCAUCCGGGAGCCAGGAGAGGUAGACUUUGACAUUGAGGAGGAUUACACCACAGAUGAAGAAGCACUAGCCGCCCACGGGGUAAAGGGUGGCGCAGGGGGCAUUCUGGACUUAUUGAAGGCCAGCAAGCAAGUGGCAGGCUUGGACUCUGCAACACUCAGUGAGGAAGCCCCAGCCUCUCCAAGUACUCGUGAUGCCAUACAGGGUAUGCUAUCCAUGGCCAACCCCCCUUCCUCGUCCUCAUCUUCCUCCUCUUCAUCUCCCCUAUCCAUUUCUGGAGGCCUGACAGAGGGAUUAGGGGUGGUCAAGGAAAAGGGUGGCAAGGCUGUAUGGGUGACUGGAGGGGUCAAAAAGACAAGAACUCCUGAGAAGAAACCUGUCAUCCAGCGGCCGGGGAAACGACCAAUCAAACGGCCAGCCCGUCACAUCAGUGAUGAGGACAGUCCAGACGAGCAAGAGGCUCUGGGAACCUGUUUUAAAGAUUCAGAAUAUGUUUACCCGUCCUUGGAGUCUGAUGAGGAGGACCGUGCUAACAAGGCUAAGAUGAAGCGGAAGAAAAACUGGGAUGACACUCCUUGGAGCCCAAAAGCCAGGGUGAUGCCCACCCUACCUAAACAGGACCGACCAGCCAGGGAAGGGGCUAGAGUCGCAUCUGUAGAAACCGGACUUGCCGCAGCUUCUGCCAAGCUGGCACAACAAGAGCAGCAAAAGCCUGCAAGAAGGAAGUACACCAAAAAGCAGCGUCCUCCAGCUCCUGUAGCCCCUCCCCCCCCUGUUCAGACUGAGCCAGCCCCACCCUCACCCCCACCUGCUCCAGAGACUGGAGCAGACUUCAGCCCAGACAGGAGGAUGGAUUAUUACUCUGCAAGUCUGCAGGACCACGAAUACACUGCAGGGCCAGGACCAUUUGGCCCUGGAGGCCCUAGAGGCAGUGGAGCCAUGGCCCCUGGUGUAUUCCUCACUUCACGCCGACCCUCACUUUCUCCACAGAACAGCAGCUCUCACUCUGGUACAUCCCCUGCAGGUUUAGCCAGCCAAGGCACAACAGGAGUUGGCCAAGGAUCUCAAUGUUGA